UAAAAAGAGCCCAAACCACAUCGUCAUCUUUGCAUUCUUGCUAAAAUUUUGCAGAGGUACAUUUCUGGGCUGACAGGGAAUAAAAAUGUUCCUGAGUGCUGCUUUGAUCUGGGGCAUUGUAGUUUGCUUCUGCUGUUGUCUUUGGCUUAUCUUGGGGAUUCGGCGACGACAUCCAGGUGAGCCACAGGUAGAAAAUGGAAUAAUUCCAUACCUAGGCUGUGCCCUUCAGUUUGGUGCCAACCCUCUGGAGUUCCUCCGUGCACGGCAAAAAAAAUAUGGUCAUAUUUUCACCUGUAAAAUUGCUGGACAGUAUGUUCAUUUUCUCACUGAUCCUUUCUCCUAUCAUUCUGUGAUUCGCCAAGGCAGGCAUUUUGACUGGAAGAAAUUUCAUUUUUCAACAUCUGCAAAGGCCUUUGGACAUGGAAACAUGGAUCCCAGUCAUGGGUACACAACUGAAAAUCUGCACCAGACUUUUAUUAAGACACUUCAAGGAGAGUCUUUAUCAGCCCUCACUGAAAAUAUGAUGGAGAAUCUCCAGUUUGUCAUGUUGCACUCCAACACACUGACCAUCAGUUCUACCAACUGGACCACAGAUGGACUCUUUGCAUUCUGUUACCGGGUGAUGUUUGAGUCCGGCUACCUCACUUUGUUUGGCAAAGAAUUAAACGCUCAAGAGGACAAAACAAUUGCCAGAAUAGAAGCCCAGAGGGCCCUGGUCGUAAAUGUCCUGGAGAACUUUAAAGAAUUUGACAAGAUAUUUCCAGCCCUGGUAGCGGGACUUCCUAUUCACGUCUUUAAGAGUGCUCACAGCGCUAGGGAGAAUCUAGCAAAGGUGCUGCUUCAUGAAAACCUCAGUAAAAGGCAGAAUGUGUCUGAUCUCAUUUCCCGGAGAAUGUUCCUCAAUGACACUUUAUCGACUUUCGAUGACAUAAACAAAGCUCGUACCCAUGUGGCUCUGCUGUGGGCAUCACAGGCCAAUACCCUCCCAGCAGCCUUUUGGAGUUUGUUCUAUCUGAUCAGAUGCAAAGAGGGAAUGAAAGCAGCUAAAGAAGAAGUGAGGAAAACACUAGAAAACUCCAACCAAAAAGCCAACUUAGAUGGCAAUCAAAUCUCCUUAACAAAGGAUCAGUUGGACAACAUGCCCGUCUUAAAUAGCAUCAUUAAGGAAUCCAUGCGUCUCUCUAGUGCUUCGCUCAACAUCAGAGUGGCCAAGAAUGAUUUUGCUUUGCACUUGGAUAACAAUAAGUCUUACAACAUUCGAAAAGAUGAUGUGAUAGCCUUGUAUCCUCAGCUCCUUCAUUAUGAUUCUGAAAUUUAUGAAGACCCCCUGAUUUUUAAGUACAACCGAUUCCUGGAUGAAAAUGGACAAGAGAAGACGACUUUUGAAAGGAAUGGUCGAAAACUAAGAUAUUACCACUUGGCUUUUGGAUCUGGAGUCACAAAAUGCCCUGGACGCUUCUUUGCCAUGUAUGAAAUCAAGCAGUUUUUAUUUCUUUUGCUCUCCUACUUUGAAAUGGAACUUUUAGAUAAAGAUGUGAAAAUUCCACCAUUGGACCAGUCAAGAGCAGGACUUGGUGUUUUACAGCCUAUCUAUGAUGUUGACUUUAGGUAUAAAUUAAGAUCUUUCUAAAAAAUAUUUAUGUUUACAAAAUGGACAAUGCAUGGGUCAGAUGACUGAAGGGCACCUUUGACUGCUCUACAUUAAGCCUUUAAAUUGCAUAGUCAAAUUAGUGUAUAUAUUUCACUCAUUUUAUUUUUUUCUGUAAUAUAAUGAUAUAUCGAAGUUUUGUACAGAACUGUGUUUAUGCAUGUUGAGCUCAUAAUAGAAUAUGUGAAUUCCAAAAUGAGCUGUGUAAAGGUGGUUGUAAGUAAAUUGUAAAGUUUUGUAUGUACACUGCAUUUAUACAUUGUAUACAAUUUGUAAAAUAU